AUGAGUUUCACUGUGGAAAGCCACUUUUUCGGCUCGAGCGGACUCCGCAAGACUCGGCCGGUCUCGGUGUCCUCCAGCGGCUUCCGCUCCCAGCGCCGCCGCUUCACCAACAGCCAGCCGUCCUCCGGGGACAACGCGGACACCUUCACCUGGGACAUGUCCCGUAGGAGCGAGAAGGAGAUCCUGCAGGCGCUCAACGACCGAUUCGCCGGCUACAUUGACAAGGUGCGCAGCCUGGAGAUGCACAACCGCAACCUGGAGGCAGAAGCGGCGGCCCUGCGGCAGAGCCAGAGCGGCCGCGCUACGGUGGGGGAAUACUACGAGCGGGAGCUGAAAGACCUGCGUGGGCUCAUAAAGCAACUUGGGAGGGAGAAGGGACGCGCGACCGUGGAGUACGGACGCCUGGAGGACGACAUCCAGCGGCUCCGGGCCCGACUGGAAGAAGAGGCGCGCAGCCGGGAGGAGCUGGACGCGGCCGCUCGGGCUCUUAAGAAGUACGUGGACGAGUGCCGUCUGGCCCGACUGGAGCUGGACAAGAAGCUCGGCGCACUGGACGACGAGGCCGCCUUUCUCAAGCGGAACCACGAGGAGGAGGUUGCCGAGCUCCUGGCGCAGAUUCAGGGCGCGCAGAUGACAUUUGACCUGCGCGACACGCACAACGUGGACGUGACCGGAGCUCUGCGGGAGAUCCGCGCGCAGCUCGACUGCCACACUACCAAAAAUGCAACGCAAGCUGAGGACUGGUUCAAAGUGCGCAUGGAGCGUCUGACAGAGGCGGCCAAGUCCAACCAAGAUGCCAUCCGGGGGACCCAGGAGGAGAUCGUGGAAUAUCGUCAUCAGCUCCAGAGUCGCACCAUCGAGCUGGAGACUCUCCGAGGUACCAAGGAAUCCCUGGAGAGGCAGUGUCUGGAGAGCGAGGACAGACACCAGGAUGACCUAGACUCCCUUCAGGAGCACAUCAAUCAUCUGGAGUCUGAGCUGAAAAACACCAAAUGGGAGAUGACUAGCCAGCUAAAGGACUAUCAGGAUCUACUGAACGUAAAGAUGGCUCUCGACAUUGAAAUAGCUGCUUACAGGAAACUACUGGAAGGAGAAGAGAGUCGUCUUGUGUCAGGAAGUCCGUUUUCCUUCCUGGAUAACAGAAUUUCAGUGCAUUUGAAAGUGAAAGAUGAUAAAGUGAUUGUUCAAGAGCAGACAGAUGAGACCCAGGUCACUGAGGUGACAGAGGAGGCAGAAGAGGAUGAAGAAGGUGAAGAAACUAAAGAUGAGUUGCAAGAGGAGGAAGAAACUCAAGUCGAAGAAAAAGAGGAUAAAGGAGAGGAUGCGGGUGAGCAAGAAGAGAUGACCAAAUCGCCAGGGAAAGUUCAGAAUUCCCCUCAACCAAAAUCACCUCCCAAAUCGGAGAAAGUUCCAAAUUCUCCUAAAUCCAAAUCGCCACCAGCCAAAUCUCCCAUGCCCAAAUCUCCUGAAAAAUCACCAAAAUCCAAAUCUCCUCCGAGCAAAUCCCCUCAGUCUAAAUUUCCGCCUCCCAAGACACCAGAACCUCAGGAAAAGGAUAAGGUCAAGUCUGUCCCUGCACCCAAAGACGAAGCUAAAGAGGAGAAAAAAGACAAACCUCAGCCUGUUAAAGACGAAACGAAGGAUCCACCAGUUAAGGAGGAAAAGUCGGGACAACCAGCAAAAAAUGUCGCUGAGAAUGAAAAAGAGGUUGACAAACCAGAUGUAAAGAAAGUGACCGAAAAAGUUGAGGUUCCAAAGAAGGAAGAAACUCCAAAACCUUCGAAACCUGCCGAGAACAAAACUCCGGCCUCUAAACCUAAGGAUGAGUCUCCUCCCCCGGUUGAGGAGAAGCCCUCCACUCCUAAAGUGGCCAAGGCAGAGCCAGAGAAAACAGAGAAGAAGCAGGAACCUGAGAAACCAGAAAUUAAGAAACCAGAGGAGAAAAAGGACGCAAGUAAAGGAUCUGACGAUGGAGGGAAGGUGGAGAAAUCUCCUGGCACUGAGUCCAAAGACAGAAAGGAAGAGAAAGCCAAGAAGUAA